UUCGAGGUUCCAAAAUUUCGAGAGCUUGGACGACUGCAAGCAACAUUACGCCUACGUAUAUACCAAGGAAAUGGACUCGAUCAUGGCAGAAACCAAAGUGCAGGUUCGCCUCAGCACGCGCGACCCCAAUCUGCAGAUUUCCGACGAGCCGACCGUGUUGCUUGUCCAGACCUCUCUGGGCCGCCACCAGCUUUCCACACUCGCAAACGACCUCCUCCACCGAAACGACAAUCGCAUUCCCUUCGACAUCCUCAUCAACGGCCAGUUUCUGCGCACCUCGAUUGACGAGUUCCUCACUAAGAACGGCAUCAAUGCUGAGUCGACGCUGGACGUCGAGUACACGCGCGCGCUCGUUCCGCCGCUGAAUGUCACGAGCUUCGAGCACGACGACUGGGUGUCUGCUGUGGAUGUGCUGUCGCGAUCGUCGGCUGCGGGGAUAUGGUCGGGCGCGAGCAUACAGAGUGGCCAGGAGCGGAUACUGAGCGCGAGUUACGACGGGCUGGUGCGGGUUUGGAACACAUCGGGUGAUGUGCUGGCGACGUCAGAAGCGCCCAGCAAUGGCGGGAGGAUCACGAGCUUAAAGACGGCAAAAUGGCUGUCAGACAAGAAGAUUGUAGCCGCGGGCAUGGACAACACAGUGCGAGUCUUCAAGUACGACGACGACGCGCGAACCAUGACAACAAGUCUCGAGCUGUUCAACCACCGAUGGGGCGUCGAAGACAUCGCCGUCCACGGGCCCUCGAACAGAAUCCUCUCCGCCUCCUCCGACACGACCAUCUCCCUCUUCUCCAGCAACGCAAAGGAAAACCCCGUCGCGCCAUCGACACUCCUUCCAAACUCGACAGCCGCCUCCAAUAAGCGCCAGAAACUCUCCAAGCCCGACCGCACCGUUCCCGCCCGCGGCGCUCUGUCCACACUCUCCGGCCACAGCUCACCUGUCUCCAGCGUCAUCUUCAAGCCCGACGACGCGACCGUUGCCUACUCCGCCUCGCACGACCACACGCUCAAGACCUGGGAUCUGCCCACGUCCUCAUGCGUCGACACGCGCACAACGGGCCACGCUCUGCUCUCCCUCUGCGCCAUCCCGUCCCGUAAUCUGCUCGCCACAGGCACAUCAGCGCGCCACAUCACGCUCGUCGACCCGCGCGUGUCCGCCACACAAAUCAGCGUCAUGACACUGCGCGGCCACAAGAACGGCGUCGUGUCCCUUGACACGGAUCCAAACUCCGAAUACAACAUCGUGUCUGGCAGCCACGACGGGACGUGUCAGAUUUGGGAUCUGCGCAACGUCAGCGCAGGCGGCGCUAUGGGCGAGGGCAUGACGGGCGAGAGCGUGUACACGAUCCACCGGCAGGGCCAGAGUGGGCCGGCGAAGAGCCACGGCGAGGGCGCAAAGGUGUUUGGCGUCAGGUGGAACAAGGAGGUUGGCAUUGUGAGCGCGGGCGAGGAUAAGAAGGUGCAGAUUAAUCGCGCACUAGGGUCGUAGAGAGUGGACAAAAAGCUUUGGCGUUUGGCGUCUGGAAUGCGGUCGGAUACCACGUAGAGUAGACUGAAGCGAGGAAGGGAUAAAAGUCUUGCUCGUGUUUUUCUAAUCGACCAGCCCUGCUUUUGAGCGCAAGAUCGCAAUCCCGCCUAUCGAGUGCAAAGUGCAGACUCCACCGUACGCCAUGUAUAUGCUGAAAUGAAAAGGGUAUCAUGACUUUUGUGCCGCCUUUUGUCUUCAACCUCGCCCACGCCCACUCGCACUUCCCACACCAAUCUUCCCACCACACCAUCUGCCUGUCCUCCAACACCUCUCCCUGCACUCCCCAUACACCCCUCACACCAAAUGCCCCGGCAGCAAAAAAUUCGCAACCCCCUCUUUCACCGCAUACUCGUGCCCACAGCACCCGCA